GAGGAGGAGGAGGAAGAGGAGGAGGGGUCGUCCUGUCCUGUCCAGUCAGAGGAUCUGAUCCGGGAUCUGUUCGGCUUUCUCACUCAGACAGACGGCGGCUUCUUCCGAGGCUGAACUGACGGAUUCACCGUGGAAAACUUUUCCUCCCCUCGCCGCGGAGGAUUUCACUUAAAAUACAGGGAGAGCCAGACGGUUCGCUGUUCCGGGGGGAAAACAAAAAACGCAACAAACAUGGAUAAAUACGAGGAUUUGGGACUGGAAGCGAGCAAGUUCAUCGAGGACCUGAACAUGUACGAAGCAUCCAGAGACGGGCUGUUUCGCAUGAGGAGGGAUGCGGGGAACAACCCGGACUUCGAGGAGACCAGGAGGGUGUUCGCCUCCAAGAUGACCAAGAUCCACAUGCAGAAGCAGCAGGAGGAGCUGGCCCAGAGCAGCCAGCUCAUCAGGAUGAACGGAGGCCACCACACCAAGGACCGGCCCCCCAUCAACAGCCUCAGACAGCCGGGGGAGACGGCGGCCAAGCCCCCCAUGCUGGCGGGCCCGGUGCCGGUUCCGGUGCCGGUGGCCCCGUGCGUCCAGGCGGAACCUCCAGCCGGCAGGCCGCUCGGCUACGGAAGCAAUUAUGAUAACAAGGAGCCGCAUUCCUCCUCCCAUCACAGCAGCCCUGCCAUGCCCGGCCAUGGAGGGGCACCAAGCGCCCUGCAGCCCGUGGCCCCCUCCAGAGGGGGCCAGCAUGCACCCUUCCUCUCAGCCAGCGCCACAUCCCACAAUCAGCAUCAUCCUCAGCGCCUGCAGGCAUCUUCCCCCGUCAGUCCGGCACAAGCGACCGGCCAGGGCCCGCUGUCCCCGGCUGGUGGGACAGGCAGGCCCGCGGGUCCUGCCGCCCCGGACGGCGUCCCCGCCCUGCCCCUGAGCCUCUUCACGGGCGAGGCCGACCUCCACGCGCGGCAGCCUUCCAGCCAUCGCCAGCCGUCCUCCAUCCCCUCCGCCAGCCCCAACGGUCCUGCAGCCGCGUCCUUCGUCCACGAGACGGCCCAGCCCAGGGCCCAGGUGACCUCUGCGGCCCCGGCUCAGAGCCACCAGAUGCCGGCCGGCGUGCGGGUCCACAGCGAGGGUCCCGGGGGCCCCUGCUCCCCCAGGCCUGUCCAGAUGCCUCAGACCGCUCAGACCGCGCAGGCGUUGGACCAGGGACCCUCCGCCGCCGAAGUCAAACUGGAGGCUCUGACUAAACAGCUGGAGAAAGAGAUGGACGCCCAGCCGAAAUCAGACUACUUUGGAGUCUGCGUGAAGUGCAACAAGGCGGUUUACGGCGCUAACCAGGCCUGCCAGGCUAUGGGCAGCCUCUACCACGACACCUGCUUUACCUGCAGUGCCUGCAGUCGAAGGCUCAGAGGGAAGGCUUUCUACUACGUUGGAGGGAAGGUUUUCUGUGAAGAGGACUUCCUGUACUCUGGCUUCCAGCAGUCUGCUGAUAAGUGUAACGCGUGUGGACAUCUGAUCAUGGACAUGAUCCUGCAGGCUCUGGGGAAGUCGUACCACCCGGGCUGUUUCCGCUGUGUGGUCUGCAACGAGAGCCUGGAUGGCGUGCCCUUCACCGUGGACACGGAGAACAGGAUCUACUGUGUCAAAGACUACCACAGGGUCUUGGCCCCUAAAUGUGCAGCCUGUAACCAGCCAAUCCUGCCCUCAGAGGGCUCCGAUGAAACCAUCCGAGUCGUAUCCAUGGACAGAGACUACCACGUCGAAUGCUACCACUGUGAGGACUGCAAGAUGGAGCUGAACGACGAAGAGGGUCACCGCUGCUACCCCCUGAACGGCCACCUGCUCUGCCACUCCUGCCACCUGAAGCACAUCCAGCCUGGCUGUCCUCCCUCCGUCGCCGCCUCCACGUACUGACAGCUCUGUGGGCGCAGGGCGACACCUGGUGGAUCUGAGGAGGAACUGCCAAGCAUGGCAGCAGGAGCGAACGCGUUCAAUUCUUGUUGUAGAGGAUUGAUUGGAUUAUUAUUCCACCGUCUGGUGUGGUGCUGUGUGUUUGGGAUGGGAAUACUGAUGAAGUUACAUCCAUGCGGGACGUCUGGCAGGCAGGAAACAGUAAUGAAGUAUUGUGAUACCGCAGAGCUCUCCUUGGGAAGCAGAGACGGCUUGCAGACUUUGCAGAAGUGUUGCCAUAUAGUUAUUUUUCAAAAGAUAUCAGUUGCUUUGUCUUUGUAAAUAUUUUCUGAUCUACUAGCUUUCUAUCUGGAGUGCCUUCAAGUUCACAUGCGUUCCUCCAUAGCGUCUACAGAAAGCUUAUAGCCUCAUUCGGAUGCAAGAGUUCUUCUUUCCCAGGUUUUAAUCCACAGAUUGUUUGAAGUCAUUCAUGAAUUGUUUCAAAAGUUGCUGACUGUUAUCAGAAAGCAAAGAACAAUUUCAAAAAUCUAAAGUUAUGUUCCUAAUCAUUUUUCUUGUGCAUCAUAGAAGUCCUUCAUCUCAUCGACUCUGCGCCAGUUUUCUCACAUUUCUGCCAAGCAGAACAACAGCUUCAGUUUUCUAGAUAUAAAUUAUAUGCAAACCAAAUGACUUCUGAACAACCUCCUCACAUUGUUGUCAGAAAAUGUCCGCUUGCUCCAGUCUUUGCUACGGGCUUCCUAACUCACACCAUUACAGAUCUUUUUCUCCUUUUUAAACCUGAGAAACGACUCUCUAAGAUAUCAGGUAGCACUAUUUUUCUAUUGAAAGGCGGCAGCCCUCAUUGUUGUAAGUACUAAUUGCUUCUCUUGGGUUUUUCUGUCUAACAUUAGGCUGGUAGAUCUUGGUAUUUAUUUUUUUGAAAGAUGCAUAUAGUGUAUUCUUGGCCUGUUUUUCCCUCUUUUACUUUGACACACCAUAGUUUGAUAAUGUCAGACAUAUAGAAAAUAUGGUGAAUAAUUUAUACCCAGCCCAUGACCUAAUCCUACACACACGCUAAGUGGGUUUGCAGAGUAAACAGUUUAGUCUUCAUCUUCUGACUUAACUAACUCAGUACUUUUGUGUCUUGCCAUUCAAAAACUUGGCGUCUAAACCAGCCUUUGGAUAAGAUGAACAGCAAGCAGAUGCAUUGAGCUGUGUGGUUAUUGUAAAGAUAUUUAAUAAAUUUCAAUAGACAUGCA